AUGACAGACCCCUCACCACGAUCCCCACCCGGUCCAAGCACCGAGCCCCAACCCCCCACAUCCUCAGAGCAGCAGAAGAAAGAAGCCCUCGCAGCCUUCACCGCAACCCUCCACUCCGUGGGCACAAAUCUCGAAGCGCCGCUCCGCGACCGCGCGGCCGUGAUUAACGAGAAUGCCCGCGCGCUCGCAAAACAGGAGGCCGAGCUCGCGGAGAGCGGGCAGAAACUCGCGAAGCAGAAUGCGCAGUGGGAGAAGAUUACGGAUGACACGCGCGCAGGGUUAAAGGAGAUUGGUGAUGUUCAGAACUGGGCGGAGAUGAUCGAGCGGGACUUGCAGGUUCUGGAGGAGAUGAUGGAUGGGGUGGAGGCGGAUCAGGAGGAGGAAGACCGGCGGGAGAGACAGGAGAGGGAGGAGAGGGCGAAUGCGAUGGAGGUGGAUGGACAUGAGCGUGCAAACGGGGAUGGGAUGAAUCAGGAUGUGGAUGGGAAGAAGACGAGUGGGAAGAGUUGGCUGCGCUGGUGGUGA